CUAACGCUUCGGGGGUGCGCACCUCUUUAAUUAAAUGGGCUCGUGAACCCGGCAACUGGGUGCCAAACGACUUCUAAUUAAUCCUGAGGUAGAUCGUGGCGGAUUUUGCUCUGCAGGCUCAGUGCGCGCUCCAGCUCCCCUCCUUCGUCCACAUUCAUGAUCCUCCACGCCAGACCUGCGAGCCUGCUGCACUCCUUACUGCGCUCGAGGCUCGCACAACAUGGCGGCCGAAACAUCUCACCCCCCGCCCGAGUCGGCGGCCAAAUUCUCUAGAUACAGAAGCGUGCGUCGCGCGCAGCAGCAGCAGCAGCUUGAGCACUUGACGCACGACCAGGCGACACCACCGAUACCCGCCAUGCCUCCAAUCGAGCCGCAGAAAGACGCGACCGUCAGCAGGAGCAUGUCGCGCUACCAUCGCCGGCCAACAACAUCUCACUCGGCCACCCACGCCGCGCCGUCCGUCCGAUCUAGUACCGAGCAAGUCCCUCCACUUCCAAGGGUCGCUGCUUCGACCUCGACCUCAUCUUCGCGCAACCGCGCUCCCAGUUCCCCCCAGGCCGUACACAAUGGCCAGCCCAGACUCCCAAACACCUCCAAGGCACGCACCGAAGCCACCCCGCUGGUCGAGAAGAGCGCCCGCGGAUACGGCCCGUCCCAGGCUGCGCGCGACGAGGCAAAGCAGCUGAUGCAAGCCGAAGCAGAACGGCACCGGCGAAUGCAGGAGAAACUUAAGGCUGAAAAGCGCGCGAGAUUAGAGGCAGAGGAGGCUGAGCGCGCCCGGUUAGAGAGACUGCGCAAAGAAGAGGAGGAGGCCGAGCGCCUGCGGGCACAACGCGAGGCCGAAGAGGCAGAGCAAUUGCGGCGGCAGAAGGAGGAGCAGGACCGCGGCAAGCGAUUACAAAAGGCCGAGAGCGCGAGUCGCCUCAAGAAAAGGGAAGAGGAGGAGCGCAAGGCAAAGUAUGAGGAAGCGGCACGGAAGACACCAGCAUCUCCACCCGUUUCACCGCCGAGGCAUGGGGGGGGCUUUGGCUUAUUUAAAAGACGAAAGGAUGAUGCCCCUGGGUCGCCUGAGAGCCCUGCGAAAACAGGAAGGCCACGCCAGACGAGCAAUGGGAACCGUGAACAUGAUACCAUUAGGCCUGGAGGGGGGGGCGCAGUGCUUGGCAUCGACGCUCCAAUCUCUGCUGUGAACGCCGGUGAUAGGCGUGUCAUGGUUGUGUGCAACAAGUCACACAUCCUACUCCCUGUAACUCCGACAACUACGCCACUGGACCUCAUCAGAUCAGCAGCAAACUGUCUUACAGAGUCCAUCGACGUUCGGACGGCUGUCAUUCUCGAAUCGUUUCAGAAGGUUGGCUUACAGCGACCCUUGCGGAAUUAUGAGCAUGUGCGAGAUGUGAUGAACUCCUGGGACGAUGACAAACAAAACGACCUUUUGAUUUCUGACUCUGUAGGCAACAGCAUCAAUCAGCAGGAUCUCCUGGCUUCGCAAGUUCCGGACUCAAAACCAGAAGGCAUGGGGUGCUACAUCCACUACUCUUCAAAGCCUGGAAAGUGGUCCAAGCGCUACUUCACGCUUCGUUCCGAUGGACAGCUAGUUAUGAGCAAGAGCGAGACUUCAAAGGAUCAUGAGAAUAUAUGCCAUCUCUCCGACUUCGACAUCUAUUCACCCACGGAACGCAAGCUCGCCAAGCAGGUCAAGCCACCAAAAAAAAUUUGUUAUGCAGUUAAGAGCCAACAGAAAUCCAACAUGUUUAUGGACGAGUCUCGGUUUGUCCAUUUCUUCUGCACGAAUGACAAGCAUACAGCAUCGUUAUUCCAUGGGAGCGUGCAAGGCUGGAGAAGCUGGUACCUUAAGCAUGUAAUGGGUGAGGGCCAAAAGAAAUCGAAAGCCGCAGACCCAGCAGCAUUGGCCGGAUUCUCGUCCAAUCGGAAUGUGUCGGGGAGCACUCCAAAGGACGUCGGGUUGUCAUCCCAUGCACGAAACGCAUCUGUGGGGUCUCAUUAUCAGCUGGGCUCAUUCAUGCCAUUGCUGGACCUCGAUCAAUUUGGCAAGGACUCCAAAGAUGAGGAAAACUAUGUCCCAGGAUCAUUUCCAGACGACGCACCUCUUGCUCGGAUGAAUACCAGGGCUAUGCAUGCGAGGAAGAUGUCCACUCGAACGAAGGGACCACCACCAUUGUCCUACGGCGUGUCCAAUGUUCCUAAAGACAACCCUUCCCCAACAGCUCACCGGCUGAACUCUCUCACGCAGAGUAACUCUUCACAUGAUGAAAGCGAUACGUUUGCUUCUGGCGGUCUGCUUGGUAGGACUUACAUUCAACGACAGAAAACAAUGCAGGAACGCGAACAUAAGUCUUCAGGGCCAUCAGGUGCAUUCGCUGAAGGGUCUAAUCUCCUCAACAACAUCAACACGGCUUAUUUGAACUCUUCGAAUGGGGCCUCCGGCCUCGGACGACAGUCCUCAGUCAGAAGCACACAUCGACGAACCUCCAGUGAUAUUCAAAGAAGUACAUCGACCCGGGUAAAACCAAAGCCUCUGGUUGACCUUACCCCCCAAUAUCGCGAGCCGCCGCAGCAUGCCAACAAAGGGAAGGGUUUUAACGUGUCGAGCGCAAGCGGACCUCUCAUUGAAAAUGCAACAUCUAUAGAAGAAGCUAUCAAGAUCCCAUCUUCUACCGACUGGCGCGCUCGGCCCACUACUUCGGCGGGGCGUCAGACUCACGGCACGUACGGAAUUGGUCGACAUGAGCGUACGCGCUCACUUCGAGGCGGUCAGAACGGGGAAGGACUAGCGGCGUAUACGGUGAACAACCAUUCGGGGGCCCCUGAAGACGACAGCAAUGCAUUCACGGGCGGUGGACUUUUGGCUCGAGCAAAAUUCGGGCAGGGUAGCGUUCCUGUGGGUCACGGGGUUAUGGAUGGAUCAAAAGCGAGGGGACCUAUGCUAGAUUUGAGGGAGAAUAGCAAAUUUGCUUCGGGCAGUUUGCUUGCAGGAGUUGAGCGGAAGCAGGGUCCAACUGGCCCCGCGUUGGAUCGAGAUAAGCGGCGGAGUGUGGAUUUGGGGUAAAUGGUAUGAGGAGGAAGGCAGAGAUACGGCGAGAUAGCGUCCGGAGACGCAUGUGAGCAUUUUUGGAGUUUAAUAUCCCAAUGGUGGAGUUGGGGGAGUGGAUUGGUACGCGUCUACCUAGGUCUGACAGUGGCGACCGCAUUUUUGGGCGUUAUAUCAGGGUAUGGGGUACGUUGCAUCGGAGGCCAGUCUUCC